UCACCACUCACCUGCCUUGGCUGGGCCGUAUCAACCGACGAAGACCUCCUUCGCCUCCUUCGGCAUGGACGCCUCGAGGCGCCCGGGCGCAGCUUUGGCGGCGGCGCUCUACGCCGCCGCGGAGCAGGACCUCUACCCCGAGGCCACACUGGAGAAGUACACCCGGCCAAAGGUGGACUUCUCCGAUGGCUCCGCCACGGAGCGGAGCUCCCUGGCGCUGCGGCGCCUCGAGCAGCAGAUCGAGGAGACGCGGCGGCAGAUGGAGCGCCGCCUGGAGCGCCUGGAGCGCCGCAUCGAGGAGGUGGCUGCCCAAAGCGCAGCCAGCGGGCACUGGGCGGAGCUGCAGGGCCACGUGGAUAGCCUUGCGGAGACCGUCCAGGACUUGAUCAGGCGCCCAGAGAACUCCCAGGGCAAAGGCGGCGGCGCUUCCAGGAUGGAGGACUCUCGACGGGUCCAGGAGCUACAAAGCCAGGUGAACCGAUCGUCGGCCCAGAUCGCUGACCUGGAUGCCAAGCUCCUGGAAGUGAGUAGGCAAGUGGACAUUGCGGGCCUUGAGGAGACCCUGAUGCCGGCCAACACAGCAGGCCUGGACCUGCGCCUGGAGGGCCAGGAGCAGCGGCUGCAGCGCUUGGAGGCGAGCCUUCCCAGCGUCUCCGACUUGGAGCUGGGUGAGGCGUACGCCCAGCUGGACCAGCUGCGUGGCGAGGUAGAGGACCACCGGGGCUUCAUGGAAGAGCAGGCGGCGGAGCUCUGGGCGCGGCAGGAGGACCUGGCCGGCGAGCUGCAGGAUCUGGCGCGGAGCUGUGAGCAGCAGCAGCACGUGGGCUCCGUGGGGGAGCGCACCUUGCGCUUGGCCCUGAAGGCUCAGAAGGCGAUGAACGCAGCACCUCACGAUGCGCAGCUGCGCAGGAGCUGGGGGUCCUCAGCGAGGACCUCACGCAGCUGUGGGUCCGAGUGGAGGGCAACGAGAUGGGCCUGAACGGCCUCACGGAGGCGCUGGGCCAGGUCUGCGAGGAGAAUGAGCCUCCUCAAGGGCAAGCGCGUGGCCUCUUCCGUGACGCAGCCCAAGCCGAGUUCUCCGAAGGCCGGCGAGGAGCCUGGAGGGCGCUCGCCCUGAGG